GGUCACAUGACUUGUGUUGAGAGAAUUUGUUGUUCAAGGGAUUUGACUGAGAAUCAUAGCGCAACGUCUAGGCAACCACGUUACCGUGUAUUUGUGAAGGCAUAACGCAAUGGUGUGCAAUUCCUAAACUGUCGCCUUUUGCAUGAUUAUAUUGUUCUUUGCAGAUCAGAUGACCAAUGUAGGCUAGAUAGCAGUUCUCUAAUCGCAUCGUCUACCUUUUCACUUGAGUAAUCGGAGUGUGAGAUCAGCGUUGCAUGACUCAACACAGGAGUUGCAUGCAGUCAUCACCUACUGUGCUGGAUAGUGGGUGCGUGAACUUAGGAUUCAGAGGGAAAAGAUAAACAACGAAUAAGUGUGGUACCGAUGAAUAGAGGAGGCCAGCCCUUCUCUCGAUGUCUCAAGCCAAUGUGGAGAGGUAGCAGUGGGGAGGGAUAAGGAGAAGUGGACGAAGAGGAGGAGAGGCUUGCGCUCCCCUGCCCCUUAUUUAAUUAAUACACAGUUUACAGUAUAUGUAUUUAUUUAUUUAUUUAUAUUAGGGUUUAUUUAUUUAAUCUUUUUAUGCAGAGAACUGAUGCCUUCUCUGAGCACUUGGAUUUGCAUUUGAAUUUAUUGUUCUGUGCUGACAUUCUGUGGGUAAUUGUACCCCACUUGGAUACUGUGAAUUGGGAAGACAUUUUUUUUCUGCCUAUGACAAGUGGUUUGUGUGGUGUGGCGGGGGGUGAGUCAUGAACCCCUUCCACCCCCACACAUAACCAUCUCCCUCCCCUGACCAGUCACAAGCCUGCCUCUCAUGAAAGCCAUGAGUUUACCCUUACACCAGAAGCCCAACAAUAAGAGAACAGGCAAGCGCAUUUCUUUCUUCAACGACCAGGGUGUGACCAUGAAGGAGGCCUCCCAGAAUGCAUCUGAAGGGCCCUACUAUGGCCUGGGUGCCCUGGCAUCAGAGCAAAGCCACGGUGCCACCUCAGGAGCGGCCAGCUCAGCUGCCGAGGGGCAGCGUAUGUUCCUGAACUCUGUCAUCUUUAGCCCAGAGAAAGGAGAGCAGAGCCAUGGACAUUACCAGCAGAUGAUGCCCAUGAAGUGGGCCCUCCAGAACCCCUCCCAGCAACCUCAGCAGAGGCCCACAGGUGGCAGCUGGUCGCAGGGCAUCACCAUGACGACCUGGACACAGAACUUUGCCCCAAACUUGACUUCCCAAAACACUUUCCCAAAGCAGAUUCCUUCUGAGGAUAUCUCUGCACAGCAGCAGCAGCAGCAGCAGCAGCAGCAGACCACCUCUGCUAGGACUGGUGAAAAGCAGCAGCAGCCACAACAGCAGCACCACCAACAGCAGCAAGUGCCCAGCUCGUCUAUAGAGGCCUAUAGAGAUUCCACUAAAGGACAUGCUAUGGACUGGGAGCAGCAGCAGCAGCAGCAACAGCCACAGCAGCUGCAACAGUCCUUCCAGCCAAGCCAUAAACCUGCAGCACUUAACGCACCGCAGCAUUCUGGAUCCAACCCGGCGGGGUCCUCUGUGCUCCAGCCUUUCCAGGUGGCCUUUGGACAGCCUAAACAGCACCUGCCGGCUGGCUACUAUCAGGUGUUCCAGCAACAAGGUGGCAGGACGUUGCCAAAUUUGAGUUACAGCAUGCAGACUAACUCGCAGCAUCAAAUCCAGUCCCUGCAAAAGCAGGAUCAGCAGCAUGUGCAGAGACAGCAGCAGCAGCAGCAGCAGCAGCUGAUUUUGCAGCAACAGCAAGAAAUGCAACACCAGUACCAACAGCAGCCAUUAAUCCAUCAGCAAUCAGUGCAACAGCAGCCACACCAACUUCAGCCACAAACACAACAGCAGACGCAGCAGACACAACACAUACACCAACAGACGCAACAGAAACAAACACAACACAUACAGAGCUCUGAGCAAAUGCAAGAGUUACAGCCACACUUGGAGCACACCUCUCAAGUCCAACAACAACAGCAACAACAACAACAACAACAACAGCAGCAGCCCAUGCAGCAUAUACAUUCACAUCAAACACUGCAGCAACAGAAACAGGUGACACAACAGCAGCCACAACCAACUCAACAGCCUCAACCAAUUUCCCAACAGAAAAAUGAUCCACAAAUUCAGCAGCACAGUCAACACAUCCUAGAGUUUCAUCUCAGUAGUAGUCAGUCUCACACUCUCGCCCAGUCCCUCUCAGAUCAGCAACAGACGCAGGUCAUGAGCCACUCUCAUUUUAGUGAUAAAUCGGCCAAGGACAUCCAGUAUCCCCCUGAUCCCCAGCAGUCUCCUCCCAGAACUCUGCAACCCGAGGAGCCUCUGCAGCCUUCCCACAGGUCACGGCCCCUCUCCAAAGAAGACGGGGGAGACAACCCUUUCCUAGUCCCUGCGGAGCAGAGCCAGGGCCCUCAGGGCUUCCAGGAGCCCCAGAAAGGUGCCUCUGAUGGGGCCACGAGGGUCCUGGUGGGGGAGGAGGUGAAGGCGGCGCCCACAGGGGUGAUCCAGAGCACACGGAGGAAGAGGAGGGUCUCCCAGGAGGCAAAUCUCGAGACACUGGCACAGAAGGCCUCCGAGAUGGAGUCCCUGCCAUCACAAGUCAUGAAGGAACCCCAUAGGCCCUGGAGUCCACCGUCGGGUCACUGCCCGAGGGAUCGGGAGAUGGAGGGUUUGGCAGCCAAGCGUCACCGGGACGAGUCACUCCUCCCUCUCAUCAUCCCUGUGUCGGUACCGGUGCGGCCCGUUGACCAGGGCUCCCCUCCGGAGCGAGACCCCACAGCAAUUGGCCACAGCUGGAUUGGCCACACCCCCUCCCACCAGGAACACAAGCCGUCAGUCAUUGUGACGCGUCGCCGCUCUCUGCGUAGUUCUCUGUCCGACAACUCUGGCCAGAACGGCGGCCCAGAGGACGAGAAGGACGCCGACGGCAAGUCUGGCAAGGUCAAGCGCCGGCCGCGCCCCGAGCCGCUCUUCAUCCCGCCGCCCAAGCCGGGCACGUUCAUCGUGCCGUCGGUCUACUCCAGCAUUACGCCCUACCAAAGCCACCUGCGCUCUCCCGUGAGGAUGACCGAUGGCGCCGGUUGCGGCGGCGGUGCCCAGGCCAUGCCCCCCUACACACCGCCGCCCAUCCUCAGCCCUGUGCGCGAGGGCUCCGGCCUCUACUUCUCCACCUUCCUCUCCAACGCCGCCGCCGCCUCCGCCACGGGGAGUCACGUCCUGCCCCCGGUGGUCACCCCCAAGUCUGCCACCCGGAGCCUGCUCCGCUCCAGCAGCUGUGACAUCACGCCUCCUGUGCUCUCUGCCAUGAGUGAAGCCACACCAGUCAGCCUUGAGCCACGGAUAAACAUUGGUGGUCGCUACCAGGCCGAGAUCCCCGAGCUGCGCGACCGCUCGGUCUCUCAGUCCGACCAGCACAAGGCGGAGCUAGUGUGGGCCCCGCUGCCCGAGCUGGACGCCCAGCCCAAGCUGCUGGAGAGAGUGAACAACCUCCUCCACCUGGCGUGCUCCAGUGCCCUGACGGGAGGGGGCACUAACCAGGAGCUGGCCAUGCACUGUCUGCACGCGUGCCGGGGUGACGUGAUGGGAGCUCUUUCCCUCCUGUUGUUGGAAACUCCCAUAUUUCCCAAACCUCACCCGCUGAGCAACUACCACUACUCAGGAUCUGACCACUGGACGACGACGGAGAAGCGCUUAUUUAACAAAGGCAUCUCGGCCUACAAGAAGGACUUCUUCAUGGUCCAGAAACUGGUGAGCUCAAAGACGGUUAGUCAGUGUGUUGAGUUUUACUACACUUACAAGAAACAGGUGAAGAUCGGUCGGAAUGGAGCUCUCAUCUACGGAGACGUUGAGCCACCAGAGACAAAACCAACAGAGGAGGAGGUGGACUUCAAGAGCUCUCAGAGGUUGGAGCCUGUCAAGCAGGAGGACGACAGCAGGAAGUGGGAGAGGUCAGCUGACAGGAAGAGAGAGAGCAGUCCCGGAAGAGUGACACAGUCCUCAGUCACCACUGAACACUCAGAUAAAGUGUCAACACAAAAGACCCAGGACAGCAGUCAGAGGGACCAGGCUGUCUUCGCUUCCCAAAAGCCUGAUCCUGGACCUGUGCAUAAGAGUGGCACCUCUGGAUCCGCCACCAAAGGCUCAGCUGGGCAGGAGGGGGAGUUCCCGUGCAAGAAAUGUGGCAGGAUCUUCUACAAGGUGAAGAGUCGCAGCGCGCACAUGAAGAGCCACGCCGAGCAGGAGAAGAAGGCGGCGGCCCAGCGGCAGAGGGAGGCCGAGGAGCGAGCGGCCGCCGCGGCUGCCCUCUCUGCCGCCCGGCAGAACGGCGCCCGGGGCGAGCGCGGAGCGGGCGGCAAGAGCAGCAGCGACGACUCCUCGGAUGAAGACGAGGAUGCCAACGAUGAGGAUUGGCAUUAGGUGGAGGGAACAGAAAAGUCGGAACUUAGAGCUGUGGCAACAGUGUGGUGUACAUUCAAUGGCAUCCUCUUUUGUCCUGUGCUGGACGAAAUGACAUUUCAACUGAUGUGAAAUUUCAAAAGACCAUACAGUUAAGUGUGUGUGUGUGUGUGCGUGACGUGUGUGUGUGUGUGCGUGACGUGUGUGUUUGUUUGAUGAACAGUGUUGUACGAUCUGAUGGUUAGGGUGAGAAUGUCCUAAAAUAUACACCAUACUGUAAGAUGUCUCCCACCUAAACCCGCCAUGGCUUCUAGCCUGUAGGAGCAGCCAUUUGCUCUUUUAGUGUUUGUGUGUUUUGUCAGUACAUGAAGACUCAGUCAGGGACAUGGAUGUGUGUGCAAAAGCCGUGCGUGUGUGUCUGUGUGCAUGACUGUGUGAGCGCGAGUGUGAGUGAGUGUCUACAUGUUUCAAAAGCUAUCAGGGGUUAUCUACCUUAUUACUUUUCAUUAUUUAUGGUUUGAUAUUCAUUCGAAAACAGAGGGCUACUAGAAGAGAGUGAGCACCACCACUCUUGUCACUCUCACUCUAUUUCUGGAGAGAGCUGCUCUGUCCAGGUCUGCCAUUCAAACCAGUUCAGCACUUUUGAUGCCCACACGCCAGUGAAGAGACCCUCUCGGACGUCAGGCCAGUGGGUGAGGAGCGGAUCCGCCCUCAUCACGGGGUGGAUCGCUAUCUAUCACUUUGAUUAUAUCUACCAUGAAAUUAAAAAACAAAUGUGACGAAUAGAGAAGGAAUGAGUGAACAAGGACAGAUAAAUGAGUGCACAAAGCUGAGCUGUGCAGAGGACACUUUGUUUUUGUUUGUUUGUUUGUUUUUAAUUUUUUUUAUCUGCAUUGCUUUUUGUCUUCUCUUUCACCUUGUAAUUCUCUCUCUCUCUCUCUCUCCUCUCUCUCUCUCUCUCCGUCGUGACUGCCAAAAGCUUGCUUGGCCGUGUCUCUUUCGUGCUGUAAGUGAAGCGCCAGGUCUCUCCUCCUCAGAUGCUCCCUUCUCCUCCCCUCUCUCUGGACUUCCUGUUAACGGUCUCUCCCUUUUCAAACGAUAGCCUCUCUAUGGUUGAUGCCUUGUUUGUUUUUCAAUUGUUCAAAGUAAUUUAAAAGUUAUGACUCUGAUUUUUAUUAUUACAACAACAGCUACUAUGAUAUAUUUUUAAUCACUAUUACUGUACUGUUGUCUUGGUUAAUUACUGAUGAUAUGAUAAAAAAAAAAAAAAAAAACUUUUUAUUUUGUUGAUAAAAAAACAUGUUUGAUAAGUGUUACAUUUUUUCCCCCUAAAUGAUGUCCGUUAAAGUUCUGUUGAUGUGAGUGGUCAAAGGUGAUACAUAUAACGUAUACAUAUAACAGAACAGCAGUCUUUGACAACAGACUCUGCACUCUGCAUUUAAUGCAUAUGUUUCAGCUUUGAUUAAACCUACCCCCCAAAGAGCAGCAUUAAAGGUUUAGUGAGCAAUGUUUGCUGUAAAAAGGAACAUGCUUCUAGAUUUAAAACCACAAUGGGCAUGCUGUGCACUUUGAGUCUUGCUGUGAGGCGUUUUGUUAUAUAGAGUCAUUUACAUUUUGUAGGCUCAGAAAAAAAUGGCUUAUAGAUGCAAUAAAUGGCCUGAUACAGGAACAAGAACAAAAUGCACAGUAACACAGGGAAACAUGGUCUUUUUAAAAGCCAUGACUUCAGAAUUUGUAUCAUUGUUGUGAGUCAGCAAGCAUUUUUAUAUCUUGGCAGGAAAAGCUACUUAGAGUUGGUGUGCUGUCGUUUCCUGACAUGAUUUUGAAAUGGGUCCUCUGUGACAAAAUCAGCAUCUCUGCUUGGUUUCCUGUCAAUCUUCACUCGAUCUCUCGUCUGCUUACCUCCUCUGCCAAGUCGCUCAGGCAACAGCCAGUGCAUCUGCGUGUCUACGCCAUGAGGAUAUUGGAGAUGCGAUCAGCCAAGAAUGACAACACUCAGAAAUGCUAAUUUGUGGUUUCUUCUGUAUGUGUUUGUGUGUGUGUGUGUGUGUGCGUGCACAAAUGUAUGAGAGAGGGAAUAAGCUUGCAGUGCAUGUGAGUUAAAGCUCAUGUGUUUGUGAGCAAGUGAGUAAAUUUUAGGUCACAUAAAUUGUAAGACAAAAAACUCAUACCCGAUUUUCCUUGACUGUUACAUUGUUUUUUACUCAGUGUUUUUGUUAUAAUUUUAUUGUGGUUUUGAUCGUUUUUGAUUUUCAUAAAUACUUGUGGGCAUUGUGUUGAAAUUACCUGCACAGCUGAACUUUCUUUUCCUCUUUUUGUUUGGUUACUCCAUAGCCCAGCCCCCUCUCUUAUGCAACCAGCCAAGGCAAUCAAAGUGUUUGUGAAGACAGGUUUAUGAUAUAUUAUGUGUAAAUGACCCUCAUUGCUAUUUUCAUAAAGGCCUUGUACACUAAUGGUGAAAGUGGGAAUGAAUCCCAGAUGCUUUUUACUACAGAGUUAAUAUUUGUUUUCAUUUGAUUUUUUUUAUCACUUGUGAUUUUGUAUAAUAAAAUAAGCAGGGUAUAAAGCACCCUGCAGAAUGAAUGCUGA